UCUGUGAUGAAACGGCUGUCGGCUCCUCAUGACGACACAGCGGAUAUGACGUCACUGCGUCCCCUCGCCAACCUCCAGGAGCACGUCUCAAAGUCGUUCCCAGAAGGCCCGGCGGAGUUCGGAGGUUUGUCCAGCAAGUUCAACACCAUGGACGCCGUCUCCUCGUCUGUGCAGACGCACGGCGCUUCUCUGGGCUCUUUCGACGUCAGCAAAGACUACCACCACGGCGACAACCGAGAUCACAGCAGUCUACAGAGUGACGCGUCACUAAACGCGCACUCGUCAUCUCCUGCGUCUUCAGCCUUAUCUUCGUCCAAUUUUUACUCCAAGUUGUACGGAACGGAGAACGCUUCUUCUUAUUUCCCGCAUUUCAAGGUGUACCCGCCGUACUCCACGGGGGGCCACUCUCAUCUAGCGCAGGACAAAAACUGCAGCAGCAAGUACGGAGCGCAUGAAGAUACGUCCCUUUCAGCCCAAUGCGGUCGUCACGACGGCGGGUACUCCGAAGGUGGAGGUUCUAAUAACGCAGACGCUUUGUCUGGUUUGAGUAAAACGUAUAACAGCAUCUUUGAAAACUGUCCCAAGCCGUCUAAAGACGAGAACACACAGAGUUCUGUGAGUGCAGACGCCAGUCGUGAUUCGCCAUGCAAAAGUGAAUGUUCCGGCGCUAACGAGCCCGGUGCUCGUCACAAAGGCAGCAACAGUAGCAGCGAUAUCGCAAAGCAAACGAACGUCGACGAGAAAAACAACAAAGUCAACAAGAACGUCGCCAGAGCUUGCAACAACGACGCAAAAACCAUCUGCGCGAACAGCGACAACACCAGCAGCAGCAACAGCAACGGCAAUGGCAACAAUAACAGCAGCAGCAACAACAACAGCGACAGCAGCAGAGACGAAAAGGGAGCCAAGCAGCAGGAGUCCUUUCGAGACGCCGCGUCCAAACCGGCAAAGACAAUUAAAACUGAGGUGGACGCGUCAGGAAAGUCAGCCACGCCCGGAGACACGAAACCGCCAUCUUCACCAGCCGAGCCUAAGGCAGACAAUCCUGAAUCGUAUAAAGACCCGAAUGUGAAACCGCCGUAUUCCUACGUGGCUCUUAUCGCGAUGGCUAUCAAAGAAUCGACGGAGAAAAGACUAACCCUCAGCGGAAUUUACCAGUUUAUCAUCGGGAGAUUCCCGUACUACGAAAAGAACAAGAAGGGCUGGCAGAACUCUAUACGUCACAACCUCAGCCUGAACGAGUGCUUCGUCAAAGUGGCUCGCGAGGGAGGCGGGGAGAGGAAGGGGAACUUCUGGACCCUCGACCCCGCCUUCGAGGAUAUGUUCGAGAAGGGGAACUACCGACGACGCCGACGCAUGAAACGACCCUACAGACCCACGCUCUCCUUACACAAACCCUUAUUCUCCGACCCGACCCACCCUUUCAACCAGUUCACCCUCAACAACUACUUCAACACGCCGUCGUACUCCCAGUACCCGAGUUACUCCCCCUGGGCGUUCACCUCCAACACCGGACACACCAACAUGGCGUCGGGCAUGUCCCAACUCCCGACUUACCGCUCCUGUCAGCGCAUGGCCGCUGCGGCCGCCCACCACCACUCUGCUCUCAACGGACUCCACCAGUACUCCACCUCUAUGGGGGUGGGUAUGGGCAUGGGGAUGGGGCUCGGGGCUCCGGGGCCCGGGGGUCCUCAAGUAGCCCCCAGCAUGCCCUCGCCGUCCAAUUACGCGUCGCCGUACCAGUCGCAGUUCCCCGAGUACGGCGCGGUGGGCACGGGGUCAUCGCUCAGCUUCCAGUGCCGGCAACAGGCCGAGGCUUUCAACUCCCCUCACUACAACGCCUACUGGGCCGACAGGUGAGCGGAGGACGCUGGCUAGAUGGCUAGUUGGCCGAGUCGACGGAAUUCUUGUGUACCGUGAAAGUCUGACUGGACAGCUACUGUCGUUUUUGCAGCUGAAGCGACAAAAUUCCUAAUGGAAGCGAUCGAACAUAUCUAAUGACGUCACGUACUGUGACCCCAGUGACGGCGAUCUCGGCAGUGACAAGUUCCAGGCAGCGACGUCAAAGGAUUGCAGCUUACGUGUUAACGGACUGCGAAAAGACGUAACAGCCAGAGAUGUAUAUGUGUUUCCGAGGGAGGGUGUUCAAACGGAACAAUUGCCAGAGAUUACUGUGAGCUUUUCAAGGGAGGGUGUUCCAAUGGUACAGUUGCCAGAGAUUUAUGUGUGGUUUGCAGAGGGACGGUGUUCAAACAGAACUAUUGCCAGCUACGAAUGCCCUAGAAGAACCCCCAAAGACCUCUGCAAGAACUGACCUACUGACCUACUUACGUCAACGAUGCGGGUCUGCUGUCUCGGCGUGUGCUGUGCUCGGGUCCCAGACUACCCACGGGGUACUAGACUGGUCUCCACCUUCACCUCAAGGACAUUACAACAAACUUACAGUAAUCUCCUUGCUUCACCUUCACUUCCACAUAAUACCAUGCCGCUGUCUGGCUGACUGGUUGGGGCACCAAUGCAGAUUUUGCAACCAGCUUUUUCCCCUCCUCUCGUGGUUCCAAUGACCUUCUCCAGGCGUGGUUCUCAGCUUCUCGGCAGUUCUUAGGUCACGUCUGAAGACCCACAUCCAGAACCAAGUUCCCCCCUCCCUUCCCUACCCUCCCCUCCCCUUACCUCCUCUCCCCUCCUCUUCCCUCCCCCAGCUUAUUCCGGCCAUCUGUGUUGCUACUUCCCAUCACGACAAUGACCGCUAUCGCGCAGAAUUUGUUUUUCUUUAAUUCUGUCUGUCAACAUGGAUCCAUGACGUCACUGGGUGUCGGCCGGACAAACUGUACCAGGCACGAGCUGAAUCAUGGAAGUGUUGCUGUAAUGACUUGUGUGGUUCUUUUGGCAAAAAGUAUUCACGAACUUGAGAGACUUCGGUACUUCUUAUAAUAUGACCUAUAUGUGUUGCAAAUGCCGUAAAACUCGGACUUAAAACAACGAACUCAAAACUGAGAGACUGCCUGUGGCUGAUAUGAGCAUGAUAUUGCUUUGGGGUUCAAUCAAAGGCAGUUUGGGGCAAGUUAUUGUAUUUGCAAUUUUAAAACAAGUGCCUUCCCUGAAUUAGCCUUCUUUACAUUGACUUGUGCACAGUGAUCUUGGGUGAAUUUGAUUGUGUGUGUGUGCCCUCAGAAUGACAGGGUUGUUACUCCACGUUUUAUGCUACCCUCAGAAUGACAGAGUUCUAACUACUCUCUGUUGUCGGUCUCUUAGAACAUAAGGGUUCUUAUUCCUUUUUCUAUUGUAAGAACAGAGUUACACACUACACAUUACUUAUACAGAUAUCCGACACA